AUGUACGGGCUGCUGCUGGAGAACCUGUCCGAAUACGUGAAGGCCGUCUACGGGGAGGACAAGUGGGAUGACAUCCGCCGGCAGACGGGUAUUUCGUCGCCGUCGUUCAGCGUGCACGAUGACUACGACGAGAACCUGCUCAACAUUCUGGCGUCGAAAGCGCAAGAAAUUCUUGGCGUCUCGGAGCGUGACUUCAUGGACCAGAUGGGAGUGUACUUCGUCAAUUUCGUCAGCCAGUACGGGUACGAUCGGGUGCUGUCGGUGCUCGGCCGCCAUAUGCGCGACUUUCUGAAUGGGCUGGAUAAUUUGCACGAAUACCUGAAGUUCUCCUACCCGCUGAUGCGCGCCCCGAGCUUCAUCUGCGAGAAUGAAACACGCCACGGGCUGACGCUGCACUAUCGAACCAAGCGCAAGGGCUUCGUCUACUACACAAUGGGACAAAUCAGGGAGGUGGCGCGCCAUUUCUACCAUAAAGAUAUGCAAAUCGAGCUGGUCAAAUCGGACCUGCUGGGCGAAACGAACCACUACACGUUCCAGCUGACGUUCGACAAUCGCGCCUUCUCGCUGGCGACGAUGGCCAUGACGCGGGAGGAGAAGCACCUGCCCAUCAGCGCCUCGGUGCUGUUCGAAAUAUUCCCCUUCUGCAUCGUCUUUGGUUCCGAUAUGGUUGUCCGCAGUAUAGGCAACUCAUUGAUGGUGAUCCUGCCCGAUCUGUUGUCGAAGAAAAUAACCGAUUGGUUCGAACUGAGGCGCCCAUUGAUAGCAUUUAAAUUCCAAACGAUACUCAAUCGCACCAACAACAUUUUCGAGCUGGUGACGGUGCAGGCGGUGAAGAAGCGUCCCGAGAACCAGAGGAAAACGGAGCUCGCCAUUUCGGAGGACGAACCGGAGGAGGAAGUUGAAAAGAGACUACGCUUAAAGGGACAAAUGAUCUACAUGGAAAACUGGUACAUGAUCAUGUUCCUCGGAACGCCAGUGAUGCCUAAGCUGACGUCCCUGAUCAGCACCGGGCUGUACAUUAACGAUCUGUCGAUGCACGACUUCAGCCGUGAUCUCAUGCUGGCUGGCACACAGCAAUCGGUUGAGCUAAAGCUAGCCCUCGACCAGGAGCAGCAAAAGUCCAAGAAACUUGAGGAGUCGAUGCGCAAGCUCGACGAAGAGAUGCGACGUACGGAUGAGCUGCUGUACCAGAUGAUACCGAAGCAGGUCGCCGAUCGGUUGCGACGGGGCGAGAACCCGAUCGAUACGUGUGAGAUGUUCAACAGUGUGUCGAUCCUGUUCUCCGACGUGGUCACGUUUACCGAGAUCUGCUCGCGCAUUACCCCGAUGGAGGUGGUGUCCAUGCUGAACGCCAUGUACUCGAUCUUCGAUACGCUGACCGAGCGUAAUAAUGUCUAUAAGGUCGAGACGAUUGGCGACGCAUACAUGGUUGUCUCUGGUGCUCCCGCCAAGGAGCAAAACCAUGCUGAAAAAGUCUGUGAUAUGGCCUUGGAUAUGAUCGAGGCAAUAACGGAUUUGAAGGAUCCUUCAACAGGUUCCCAUCUACGGAUACGAGUGGGAGUUCAUUCCGGAGCCGUGGUCGCCGGUAUUGUGGGCUUAAAAAUGCCACGAUACUGCUUGUUUGGAGAUUCGGUCAACACCGCAUCCCGGAUGGAGUCAACGAGUCAAGCGAUGCGAAUACACAUAUCUGAGACCACCAAACACCUCCUCUCGGCGAACUACCGUGUCAGCGAACGAGGCGAAAUCGACGUCAAGGGAAAGGGUACCAUGAAGACGUACUGGUUGGACUACCGGGAGAAUAGGCCACCACUGCAGCUACCCACGGAGGAGAUCAAAGGCCCCGAUUACAUCGAAGCCAGCAAGGAUCGACGUGUCAGUAUACCUUGCAGUUUAGUGCAACCUCACAAACAAUCCACCGGAGGUCUCAGUUCAGCCGGACUCGAAGACCGUCGCGUGUACUCUCCGGUAACGUUCGAGGAUGUAGCGAGGCGUAGUAUAGCCAACUCGCCGGUCAAACUGCACGCCUUUGGACCGCGAGGGCGCGAGAACAGAUCCAAUUCCACCGGGCACGCGUUUAUGCACAGUGUUUCGGAUGUAUUCGGUUCGUUGGUGAACGACACGGAGGAGUUCUUGGAAGAUCUGCAGCAUCGAAAUUCGUUGACCAACACACUGUACACGGCAUCGACAACAUCGCCCUGUCCGUUCAGUCCUCCUCCCCAGUUUCGCACCAAAUCGAAAUCUUGUUAUCAAGCACAGUUCAUGGAUCAAGACCACGAACUCCUAUCUGGAGCGAGUAAUGCGUUAUUACAAGAAGUUCCAAAAAAGCCCAAAAGCAUUCUAGCCAAGGCACAGACGGUGGAGACGGUACCCUCGUACGAGCAGAAGGCGAAGGUACGCAAAGCCAAACUGGAUGCGGUAAAGCAGCAGCAAACAAAGGCCCUCGAGAAGCUCGACCAGAUGGUACAGGAGAUCUAUGACGCCGACCUGCCCGGCAUGUGCUUCGUCAAUCCACCGACGACGUCCCGCUCGGAUGGCAACAUCUGUCAGUCGAACAAUUGCACCCUCGCUAGCAACAGUAGGUCCGUAGCGAUGGACGAGAGCACCAGCGACACCUCUACAACGGCCUGCCAAGCACUCUAUACACUCAAUCUUUACUUUCCCGUUUCAUGUGUUCCUCCACCCGUGUGUUCUUGUGCGCCACCCGCCGUCGGCAGUAGGUCUCAAGCGGCGGCCCCUGCCCACGCUUCGACGUCAAAGGCGGCUAUGGCGACGGCACCGGUGCCAGUUCCGUCCGGAUCCGGAUCCGGACUCGCCCCAGCACAGCCUUCGCUACCCAUCUGCGAACAGCACGCACACCUGGCCCCACGGCACUGUCACGGCUGCGAACCGGCUCCCGGGCCCGGCCCGGGGAAGGUUCCGCAGAGCAUGAGCUUCUCGCACCCGAAAGAACACAAGUGCUGCCCGGCGGCGUACGUCACCCAUCACCAGAACGGUCGACACAAAGUGCACUCGAACGCCUGUCACAUUCUCUAG